AUGUCUUCAAUUGACGGUCUGCUGUCUGAGAAGACGACAUUCUUGGGUUCAAAUUUGGCAGUUCGUGCUGCUGAUCAGGCUCAUUUUGGUGAUCACCAAGUCUAUACUCAUGUAACCCCUUCAACAUCGAGAGAACACAACGAUAGUCAUGGUCACGGUCAUGGACAUGGACACGGUGGACAUGGCCACGGCCACGGACAUGGUCAUGGGCAUGGUAAGCAUAUAAUCACUAUGUCUUCAAUUGACGGUCUGCUGUCUGAGAAGACGACAUUCUUGGGUUCAAAUUUGGCAGUUCGUGCUGCUGAUCAGGCUCAUUUUGGUGAUCACCAAGUCUAUACUCAUGUAACCCCUUCAACAUCGAGAGAACACAACGAUAGUCAUGGUCACGGUCAUGGACAUGGACACGGUGGACAUGGCCACGGCCACGGACAUGGUCAUGGGCAUGGCAAGGAAAUCGUUCCGAAAGCCGACAUGCACGUGGUACCGAAAGGUGAUUUGCAUGUUGCAAUUCAAUAUGCGAAAGACAUUAUAGCGAAAGCGUUGUCAGAAGCAGGCCCAUCUCAUGGAUUUGUAACUGAUGAUCGUCUUCAAGAGGAGAUGAAAGCCUUGAGAAAAGAAAAUGAAGCGAUCAGAAAAGAGCUGGCCGAGCUACGUGAAACCAUUGAAAAGUUUACGCGCAUGCAAGUGAUUCCCGCAAAGUAUGAGCCUGUCGCGGAAGGCAAAAAAGAAGAGAAGGCUGGCGAUGACGACUUCGAUCUCUUCGGAUCCGAUGACGAGGAGGAUGCUGAGAAAGCAAAGGUCGUCGAGGAGAGACUAAAAGCUUAUGCUGAGAAAAAGUCGAAAAAGCCGGGACCAAUAGCGAAGUCUUCCGUGAUUCUUGACGUGAAGCCGUGGGAUGAUGAGACAGAUCUGAAAGAGAUGGAAACUCUUGUGCGUGGCAUUGAAAUGGACGGCCUCGUGUGGGGAGGCGCCAAAAUGCUCCCAAUUGGAUACGGAAUCAGCAAGCUACAAAUUAUCUGCGUGAUCGAGGACGACAAAGUGUCGGUUGACGACUUGAUCGACAAAAUCACCGGAGAUUUUGAAAGCCACGUGAGUGAUUUCAAUACUAGAAAUAAGUGCAAUCCGUGGACAUUGUUGCAUUCAACAAAAUUUGAGAAUUUCGUUCUCAAUAGAAACUGCCCGAGUGCUUUUUAA